AUGUCUGAGCAGGUUAAGUUCCUGUCAGCUGUGCAGCGCUUCUUGCUCGCCAUGGCCAACCAUGUGAACUUCCCGACGUUGCGAGAUGAGCAGUAUGAGAACUGCAGGCUGAAGAUCCAGCAGUGGCCUCGUAUGUCCAUGGAGACAAUGUCGGAAGUGGUGAGCUACUUGACAGAUGUUCCUUUCCUGCCUGAGCAGUUGAGCCAGCUGCAGCUGGAUGUCAGCCAGAAAGUCGUGGUGACGGCCGAAUCUGCGAAGCCCUUGAGAAGGCCGAAUCAGAACUACCAGAACUUCCCUUGCUACCUGACCAAUUCGUUGUGGCUCCUUGUGCUUGGGGACAAUCCGCUUCAGAAUGCCUUGUUACCGUUGGCUCGUCACUUGGGCAAGCUAGGUUUGAGGUUGCCUGGUGAGAAGACCAUCAGCAAGGUGACUGCUUUGCUGCUGUAUCGCGUUGCUGAAGCGAUGGACCAGCAGCAACUCCACCACAUGUUUGAGCUCGUGAAGGCGCAGCUCAAAAAGGAGUUGGCGGCGCUUCCUCUUGCAGGUCAGCCCUUCAUCGUUGAAUUGCCCCAUGACCCCAUGCAGAUGCCUCGAAGUUUCUUCAAUGAGGCUUUCCAAGAUGAACAGCCGGUGCAAUGCCAAGUGGAUGUGGCGAAGCUCAACUACAUCCAUUCCACCAUUCGUGAGAGAAUGCCUGCCUCUGUCAGUUUUCCAACGGUCGACAUGGGUGUCAGCCACGCAUACAUGGCAAAUGUGUUUCGACAAGCGCAGGCAGCCCAACAGCCUGCACUGCCGAAUCUUCAGAUCAACAUGGAUGUUCUGCAGAGACGUGGCUCGUUUUCGAAGAAGUCCUGUCCUGCUGGUAGCGCUGCCGUUGGUCAACUUGCGCUGCUGGAUGCACCUCAGGUUGCAGCACCACUUCAGGCUACAGUGCCAGCCCAGCCUGCAGCGUCAGGCCAAGUUCCUCAGCCAAGUCAGGCUGCUGCACCAGCCCAGCCUGCAGCAUCAGCCCAAGUUCCUCAGCCAAGUCAGGCUGCUGCGCCAGUGGAGGCUGCAGCAUUGCUAGCCCAAGCUCCUCAGCCAAGUCAGGCUGCAGCGCUAGCUGAGGAUUUUCAGGCCGCAUCCCAAGCGGCGACCAAUCAGGAAGCGACCGUGAAAGUCGGUGGCAAGGAUCCCAGUGCGUUCGAGAAUGUGAUGAACGGGCUGCGGGCAAAGGUUGAUGGAAAGGCAGCUGCCUGCAUGAAGAGACCCUCUGCGUCUGGCUCUGGGCUGAAACGUCCGGCAGCAGCCGCCAAGGGCAAUGCAAUGAAGAGCGGCAAAGCUGUGAUGAAAUCAUCGAAAGCCCAUGAAAGAGCCAAAGACAGCAAGCCUCCGGAUGCCUUAAAGAGGUACCCGCACGGCUGCUCCAAGUGCCGAUGGCAGCCGGGUUGCACUCCAUCAUGUUUUCGUUACCGUGGCGAAUGGCCAUGA